UAUUACUCAUAUCAUUACUUUAAAAAUUAAAUUAUCAUGUACUUUAUUCUCCUAACUUAUAUAAAACUCGAUCCAAGCUGUAAUUUCUUGGAGAGUAACAAAAAUAAAACACUUUUUUAAAUCCAUAAAUCUCAUAUCCUUUUUCUGUAACCAUUUAUCUUAUCUACCUCUCUCUUUCUCUCUCUUUCUCCAUGAGCGCUCUUGCUUCUCAUCUUUCUUCAUCACAAGUUCCUCUACAAGGCUAUGAAGAAACACCCUAAGCCGUGUAGUUUCCUCUUCCACAUCUCCCUACUCUCUGUGGUGUUUGUCUUUCUUCUUGUUUCUUUUGCAUUUACAACCUCGUACAAGCGUAAAUCAGGCAUUGGUAUCAGUCAUAAGAGAAUUCUAGCAAGUAAUUUUGACUUUACACCGUUUAUCAAGAUCAGAGAUCGAACUCAACGUCAACGUAGAAGUCAAAGCCUGGCCGGAGAAGAAACCGGUUCUUGGUAUAACGAUGAGGAACGGCUAGUACCUAGCGGUCCAAACCCUUUGCAUCACUAGCUAAAAUGUAUUCGAUUCUGUAGAUUUUGAUGCUUUGCUUUUGAACCAAUACAUAUGCUAUUUUAUAUAUUGUGAAGUGUAUUAACCGUUAUAAUUGUUAAAGGUUUCUUGAUCUAAGA